CGCCGUUGGCGAUUCGAAACAUGGCUGACACGGUGUGGCCGGGCUGUGCAAAGAGUUUGAAAGGUGUCAUUUUGGAUUUGUGUGGAGUUUUAUAUGACAGCGGGGAGGGCGACGGGGCUGCAAUCCCCGGCUCGAUCGAAGCAGUGAAAAAGCUCAAGGAGUCUGACCUGCAGCUGCGCUUCUGCACCAAUGAGACUCAGGCCACCAGAGAGAAGUUUGUGGCCAAGCUCCAAAGACUGGGCUUCGAUAUCUCUGUGUCUGAGGUCUUCCCCCCUGCUCCUGCAGCCAUCGCAGUCCUAAAGGAGAGGGGUUUACGGCCUCAUCUGCUGGUGCACGAUGGACUUCUCGAUGAAUUCGACAGUGUGGACAAAACCAACCCAAACUGCGUGGUGAUCGGAGAUGCUGCUGAAAACUUUUCCUACCACAACAUGAACGAGGCGUUCAGGGUCCUCAUCGGCCUGGAGAAGCCGGUGCUGUUCUCUCUGGGCCAAGGGAGAUACUACAAGGAGACGGAUGGUUUGAAACUAGAUGUCGGGGUUUACAUGAAGGCUCUUGAGUAUGCUUGUGAUUUAAAGGCUGAAGUCAUUGGAAAGCCAUCCCAGACGUUCUUCCAGAGUGUCCUCAAUGACAUGGGACUCAAACCACAUGAGGCGCUGAUGAUCGGGGAUGAUCUCGUAAACGAUGUAGGUGGGGCCCAGCGUUGUGGAAUGAAAGGUGUACAAGUCAGGACUGGAAAAUACAGGCCCAGCGACGAGAGGCACCCGACGGUGACCGCCGACGGCACCGUGGACAACCUGGCCCGGGCCGUGGAGCUGAUCCUCGAUCAGAGGGGGGGCGUGAGGGGCGAAGGCUAACGUGAAGAGCGCGGGGAUUGUAGCUCAACCGGCGUGUCACAGCGGAACACGAACGAACCCGUCCAGAUAGCGUCUGUCCUGUUUAAACUAGUACAACUCACUGCACUGUCAAACAUAGGAAAGUUCUCAGCCACCUGGUGCUCUAAAACAAACUGGAAUGAAGUUCGCGCAGCUCCUUGCAAGACGGCGCGGCUUUGUACGCUCCAGAGCUGCGCUGUGCGUUUCGUCAGUGCGUGAUUGGCAUAGAUAAGAUGCCUCAGGUUGACAUGAAUGUGCCUGUAACCAGCUGCUGACUGACGGUUAGAAAGGGGAAAGCAGCGCUGAGCGUUCCCUGCUAGUGUUACACAGGUUGACAGCUACCAUAAACGAGGACAGUUUUCUAGUCAGACUGGUAAUUGCACAUGUGUAGCCGUGCAUGUAAGUGAGCUGUUAUGUGUCACACAACUUGAGUAAUACAGGUGGCUUUGAUUAGUUCAAAUAAAGUUAAUUUACUAGAAAA